AUGCAUGAAAAGCUGAGUCAAGAGAUUGCGCACUUAUACCAUUCUAUUUGUUUUCUAGCAAAAGGAGCAUUUGGAGCUGUUUUCAGAUGCGUAAAUAACUAUAGCAACAAAGAGGUUGCCAUAAAGGUUUUAAGCAAGCACAAGCUAAGUGAAAGGGACAUUGAGAGGUCAAUGCAAGAAGCUAAAAUUCUUGAAGAACUCAACCAUGAGAACAUAGUAAAAUUUAUCAAUGUAAGGCAUACAGAAAAUUAUAUUCUUAUUGAGAUGGAGUUGCUGAAAGGAGGAACCUUAAGCCAGUUGAUUGAAAAAAGACGAUUGACUGAAGAAGAAGCUGCAACCGUCAUGAAAGGAAUUUUCAGAGCUGUUGCUUACUUGCAUGAUAGAAAAGUGCUGCAUAGGGAUUUAAAGCCAGACAAUAUAAUGUUCGGAAAGCCUCAUGAUCUUUCAUCAGUUAAAGUUGCAGAUUUUGGGCUAAGCACAAAAUAUACACUGGUAGAGCAGUUGCACUCAAUGGAUGGAACAAUGGUUUAUAUGGCUCCCGAACAGGUACUAGAGCAGCAUUAUAGCGAGCCUGUAGAUAUAUGAAGCUGUGGACUCAUGCUAUAUACUUUAGUAGCUGGCAAGCAUCCUUACUAUGAAGAAGGAGACGACAAAAACACUAUGAUCUGAAAACUCAAAAACAUUCAUUGGGAAUACCCUGAAAAUUUCCCUCUGCUUGCAAAGGAUUUAUUCGAGCACUGUGCCACAGUCUCAUACAUGGAACGAUAUACCGCCAAUUUAGCUCUUGGGCAUCCUUGGAUUACAAGAUCUGGAGGGAAAAUUCCUUUAACCCAUAUGGAAAGAAUGAGAGGAUACCAAGACCGAUUAAACUUGAGAACAAUAGCUAAUCUCGUCCUUAUAUUAGGAAAAAUUUGUUCUGACUCAGGUAGAAAAAUUAGAGAAAAGUAUAAAAGAGUAGCUGAUCAUCUGCCAGAGGAAGAAGAGGAGGAUGAAGAGGAAUUCCCAAUCCAGAAAUUCAAUUCAGUCCACGUUUCGGUUUCAGAUGCUAGAGAUCUUCUGAGGCAGUCAAAUAGACAAUUUAGCACGAAUUCGUUUUUGGCAGUCCCAGGCUCAAAAUCAUCAAGGCCGAAGUCAGGAAGCCCUUCGGUUACUAGAAGAGCUGCAGAGCUAACACCACCCUCUUCCAGGGAAGCAAUGAGGAAUAGAAUUCCAAGAAUAAGUAGAAUUUCACCAAGGCCACAGAUGGAAAAACUGCCAGAUAUUCGUAAAACAAGAUCUCCUCUCCCGCGCCCUCCAAAAGAUUUAGUCCCUUUUAGAAGAACCAAGCUCUCAUAA